AUGGGCAAGAAGCAGGGCCUGGGCCGCUCCCUCAUAAAGGAGCAAGGCCUGCGCAACCGCCAUCACAGGCACGCUCACUCCUGGUUACAUACAAGCGAACUAAAUGAUGGCUACGACUGGGGUCGCCUGAAUCUUCAGUCCGUGACUGAACAGACUGCGCUCGAUGAAUUCCUUGCCACUGCAGAACUUGCCGGAACCGAGUUUGUGGCUGAGAAACUCAACAUAAAAUUCGUUCCCGCUGAGGCUAGGACUGGACUUUUGUCCUCUGAGGAGAGCCUCAAAAUCAAGAAACUGCAUGAAGAAAAUAAACAGUUCUUGUGUAUUCCAAGAAGGCCUUACUGGGACAAAAGAACUAGUGCCGAAAAACUCCAGCAAGCAGAAAGAGAGAACUUCCUAGCAUGGAGACGUCAGCUUGUUCGGCUGGAAGAGGAACAAAAGCUGAUUUUAACUCCAUUUGAACGAAAUUUGGACUUCUGGCGCCAGCUCUGGAGAGUCCUUGAGAGAAGUGAUGUCGUGGUUCAGAUAGUAGAUGCUCGAAAUCCCCUCCUGUUUAGAUGUGAGGAUUUGGAACGCUAUGUGAAAGAAAUAGAUGAAGAUAAAGAGAAUGUAAUCUUGAUAAACAAGGCAGACUUGCUGACUGAAGGGCAGCGGAGUGCUUGGGCCAGAUUCUUCGAACGGGAAGGCGUGAAGGUUGUUUUCUGGUCGGCUUUGGCCGAAAGCCUGCGACUGAAUGCCGAAGCCAAGGAACAAGGUCUUGGAGCUGCGGAGGAGUUGGAUGAAUUAGAGGAUGGAAACUGCAGUCAGGAAGAGGAAACACAACCUGGGGUUGAAAACAUUGCAGACAGUGAGGAAGAGGCUAGUGAGUAUGAGGAUUGUGAAGAGAGUGAUGAAGAUUGGCAGACCUGUUCUGAAGAUGACAGUGGCCAUGAAGAGAAGUCCUUUGGCCAGAAGCAGGAAGCAGGCAGGACUAACGGUGCUGGAGAGCAGAGCCCCAAAGCCCUACGGAAUCAUCCAGUCCGUAAUUUCAGCCAUCUAGUCCAGAAGCAUGAGUUGCUGGAGAUUUUUAAAACGCUGCACACUGGGAAGAAGUGUAAAGAAGGAGAACUUACAGUAGGACUGGUGGGCUAUCCUAACGUUGGGAAAAGCUCAACAAUCAACACAAUCAUUGGGAACAAGAAAGUUUCGGUGUCAGCCACUCCGGGUCACACCAAACAUUUUCAGACUCUCUACGUGGAACCUGGCCUCUGCUUAUGCGACUGCCCUGGCUUGGUAAUGCCAUCCUUUGUCUCCACUAAGGCAGAAAUGAUCUGCUGCGGAAUCCUACCCAUAGACCAAUUGAGAGACCAUGUUCCGUCUAUAUCACUAAUUUGCCAGAAUAUUCCUAGACAGGUUUUGGAAGCUACAUACGGAAUAAACAUCAUAAGACCCACAGAAGAUGAAGAUCCAGACCGAAAACCAACAUCAGAAGAGUUAUUAACAGCUUAUGGUUAUAUGAGAGGAUUUAUGACCUCUCAUGGACAGCCAGACCAGCCUCGAUCCGCUCGUUAUCUACUGAAGGAUUAUGUCAGUGGUAAGCUAUUGUAUUGUCACCCUCCUCCUGGUAUUGAGCCAGUGGAUUUCCAGCCCCAGCACCAGCGCAUCAGACUUGCGAAGAACAGACGUGGUCAGGGCCAGGUGGAAAUGCAGCCAGAAAGGAAUCAAAAUGCCAGGCAAAUUGAAAGCGUAGUCGACAGAACCUUUUUUCAUCAGGAGAAUGUGCGAGCUCUGAUGAAAGGAGUGCAGGGCGUGAUGGGGUACAGACCCGGCAGCGGCAGGGUGCCAGCCACCCCCGUGGAUGCUGACAGCGGAGCGGGGAAGCCCUGGAAGAAGCACGGAAACAGGAAAAAAAAGGAGAAGAUCCGCAGGAUCAACAAGCAUUUGGAUGCUUAAACUGUCGUAACUGCUUCGGCUCGCCUCUGUUGCCCACGUCGUCUCAUGAGGCCGAGGGGUUUGGAGGGCAUCAGACCCAAAACUGUGCAGACACACCUCGGUGGCCUCCCCUUUCAGAAAAUAUGAACCUGAGCUCCGUGGGAAGAGUCAAAUCUGAGGCGCAAGGAUAUUUCCGAUCAUCAGAGGCUUAAAAAAAAACCAUUUAAGUCUUGUUGACCUCAGCGUUGGGAAAAAAAACUGGUUGGAAUGCUAGUAUAUAUACACCAGAUUGGUAGGCCAGAUCCAUAUUUUUGAAAAGAAAUAUUAAAAUUGACUUCAGUACCA